UACCUUGUUUGCGAUAAGGUUUCUAUUGUUUUUGUAUCGAUGAUUUUUUUUUUUUUUUUCAGCGCCAGAACUGUUAACUGUUAUUUAUGAUUUUAAAUAGACUUGUGCGGAAGAAGGCGUUAUUGUAUUAAAUUAUGGCUACGUUUUACACGGAAUCUGAGUAUGUGUAUGAUUCCGAAGCUACUAGUUCGGACGAAGACGAAUUAGAUUCAAGUAGGACCAGUCAUCAGAUUCUUGAAACUGUAAAAAAUGACAGAGUUAUUGUUACGCAACCUGAGGAGGACAGAAGGCGGCGCACAAUCAUAGUUGAACGCAGAAAUGGAUCAUUUGGUUUCACAUUACAGACAUAUGGUAUUCAUCAUAAACGAGAUGGGGAAAUAGAACUUAUUACUUAUGUCGAUUAUGUAGAGUAUGAUGGUCCAGCAUUUCGAGCAGGGAUGCGACCAGGGGAUGUCAUUUUAUCCAUAAAUGGGCAUGAUAUGGAAAAAGUUGAUCAUAAAUCAUUAGUCCAAUACAUCCAAAGCUGUGAAAAGACAAUGAGAAUGGUUGUUUUGUUUGAAGAUUGUGUGCACAAAGUUGAAUUACACAUGAAAUAUCUUCGGCUGAAGAGGGUUCUUCAAGAAAAGAAAUAUGAACUAGAACAACUGUGUGAGAAGGAAAGACAGUUACUUCAAGAAUGGAAAGAUCGAGGCAUUCGCAUUCCUCCUAGUCCAUGCUUAGUCACAAGAAUUCACAAUUUAGUGCCCCCUAGUUCUUGUAGUGUUCACAGUUGUGCCAGCUCAGACACCUCCAGUGGUGUGCCUGAAACAGUAAUUUCUGAUGACACCAUUAGUUGUUAUGGUUUUCCUGCUAAUUGUGUUGGGCAUGGGGGCUUCAAAAGUCAUGCUGGAACUGCACAUGCAUCUCCUGUUAUUGUACCAAAGCAAUUUGCUACAUUACCUAAAGCAGCAGGUGCUGUAAGGCGUCCAUGGCCUACAAUCAGUGGUGGAGCAGGAUCUUUAACACCUAAAGGGUCUUGGGAUGGUUUAGAAUCCCAGUCAAGUACAGGCCUUUCAGAAAGUACUGAUUUUUCAGAAUCUUCAAGUCAAGACUCUAGAGCACAUUCACCAGCUUUGUCAAGAAGGUCAGGAAACAAAUCUGAGAGUGAUUUACCAGACAUUGCUCAAGAUGAUGAAGAAGAUGAAGCAGAUAGGGAUGAAGUCACUAGAUUGUAGUAGAGAACUAGUUAGAUUAUCCUACUAAAUGUCAAUUUCCUAACAUGCAUUUGCAUCACUCGGUUAUUUACAUAACUUUUUCUGAACAAAAAUGUAUGAUUAACAAAUUAUGUUUCACGCACUAAACUGCAGUUGAAAAUUUUAUCUAACAUCCUAGUUUUCUAGUUUAGUGAAAAUGUGGACAGAUGUUUUCAAAUAACUUAUUAAUUAGGGCAAAUUUUUUCAAACAACUGAUAAAUGGUAUUAAAAUUUCUGUGUGAAUGAAUGUAUUAAUAUACGUAUUAGAUUUUAAUUUUAAAUUAAUAAUUUAUAUUUUAAAAGUUUAAAUCUUACUAAAAUAUAUGUAAAAUUUGAAUAAUGAGGGUGUUGAUAAUCCUUAUUUAUAUACAUGUAUGCAUUUACUUUUAUUAAAAUAUUCAAAUUUACAUUAUAACAUCUCAUGUAAAAAAGUGCAAAAUACGUUCAAGUACAUUUCAGAAUACUGAGCAGUAAAGAUUUAGUACUAAAUUAAAGUAUUGACUUUUAGGUAUAUUUUAGGAGAUGUAAUAAUUUGUUUUAGGUAUUUAAAUUUUCACUUUCAAGCUGAACAAUAUAUUUUCUUCACCUGUGAUAUAAAAAAUGGUAUGAUUGAUUUAUCCUUAAAAAGAUGUUAUAUUUCUUAAAGCCCAGUGAAUUUUUUUUUUUUUAAUGCAAAAGGCUGUAUUGAAGCUAUUGUCCUACCAAAGGCUUUAAGGGGUCUUUUUUCCUUUUAUAUUUAAUUUUUACCGGCUGGAAAUUUAUUGUAUAUAUGUAUCUGCAAGCUAUGUUCCAUAUCCAGCCAUAUUCUAACAAAUUUUUUACAGCUGUUUGAGUUUAUAUUCAAAAUGUUACGCAUUAUAAAAUACAUUCCUUUUCCUAUCAUUAGUUAAAAUAAAGUUUCAAAUAAAAAAAAAUGAAAUAUAUGGAGAGCUAGAUUUAUAUGUAAUAUUUUUAGUAAUUUUAAGUAUUUUUUAAAAUUCAGUAGAAAAACUGAGAUAUUUCUAGUGUUAACUUUUUUUUUUAAAUUGGGAAAGCAUGUUUGAAUUGUGAUCAAAGCUUGUAUGUUUUUUUGUAACUAAAAAACUUCUAACUCAGUCUUGACUAUUAUUGAGUAUUUAAAAAAUUGUUUUAUAAAUAAGAAUUAUUAAAAAGUAUUUGAUUAUUUUAUUAACACAUUUUGUAAUUUUCAUCUUCAAAAAUUAAAACUAAGACAUAAAUAAGUAUUAUAGAAUUGCUAUUUUAUGCAUCUAUUCUGAAAUAAUUUUAUUUUUUUUUUUGAUCUUAUGAUGGCUGGAUAUAUGUUCUUGUUGAAUAUCUUAUAAAAAUAUUAUUAAUUCAUUUUUUAUUUACUGAAAUACAAUUAAUAGUGACCUUUAAAGGAAUUCUUUAAUUCUUAAUUUAUUCCUUGAAAAAUGCUUUUAUUGAACUAGUUAUGUCUAUAAAUUACUUUUAACUACUUUUCAUCACAGAAAAUUGUGAAUUUUAUUUCAAACUAGUAUUUCUAAUUCAAGAAAAGGAAUAGAAAAGAACAUGGCUACUUAAAGAUCACAUUUGGAACAAAGCAUACAACAUACAAUGUUAUUUAUCAUAUGUGAAUGGCUAACAGCAGUGGCAUAAACUAGAUUUCACUUGGGUUGGACCCAAAUGAAUUUUUUAGAAAUUUUAAUACAGGUAAUUUUUAUUAGUAUGCUUUAAAGGUCACCUAUAAGUUUUCCUGUGAUGUUAUUUGAAACUUAAGAUGUCAAAUAUGAAAAUUGGAGGAGGAUCUUCCUGAAUGUAUCACUGGCUUAUUGCACAAUUGUAUAAAUUUAUAGCAAUUUGUAUCAAUUUAUAUAAAAUAACUGGAUAUCAUUCACUUUUGUUAAGUAUUUUUGAAGUGGAUUUACUGAGAAUUCUUUAUUCCUGAUAAUGAAUGUAACCCAGAUUUCUGCUAAUGGUGAUUCUGUGUUUCUAGUCUAUAUAUACUGUACAUAGUUAUGUUUGUUAUUUAAGAAAUAUAUAUUUAUUUGAAAUUUUAUCUGUGCCUAUAUAUGCUUUCUGUGAUCGUUCUCAAAUCUUGUGUCAAUUAAUGUUUGUACUUAAUCUUUAUCAGUCUCUCUGAAAUGAAUAGUGCCAUAAUUUUUCUCGGACUAGAUGCUGCUGUAGUAUCUCAAAUAUCUCUGGAAACAUUGCCAUUUAGGAAUCUAAUACCAUCAUGAGAAAAAUGGUGAAAUAAUUAAGCUUGUAGGAACUAUUUCUCUGCAAUUUAUUCCUUUUUUCUGCAUGUCAAAAUAAAAAAUAACAAGAAGAAAAUGUCGUUAUAGCAAUUAACAAGACUGUAAAAAGAAACAGUAAAAUAUGUACUGUUAGUAUGAAAUACCACUGUUCUCCCUCCAGUAAAAAUUUCAGGUAGUGAAGGUAAAGGUAAUUAAAAAAAUUUAGGCUAGAAAUGAAAAUAUUUUUUCCAUAUUAAAAAUUUAUAUUAACUAAAUUAAAUAAUUGAAAAUAUUGUCACAGAAUUAAAAAAUAAGGCAUAUACAUGCAAUGCAGGUAAUUUUAAGCUUUGCAUAAUUUUAUAAUUUUGUCAUAUUGUCUAAAAAAUUAGUGGGGCUAGUUUAAGAAAUAUUUUUAAUUUAUAGCACAUGUACUUUACCAUCAUAAAUUUUCAUAAUAAUUGUAAUUUUUUUUUCCUCCUUCAGUUAUCUUUGGUUUCAUUUAUCAUAUCAGUUUCAUUUAAUGUUUUUAGUUUUCUUAAGUGAAAAUAUCAUUUUUACAUUUAUUAGUUUGGUAUUUUCACACAAAAUUAAUAUCUCUUUUUCAAUAGAAUGGCUGUAUUUUUGUACUUCAAAUCUAGUUUCUAAAUUGAUUUUAAUGAUUAUAUAAGAUUCUAAAAAGUAAACUCUUAUCCUAAAAGUGUAAUAUUUAAAAUUAAAAAAAUAUUAAUAUUUUCUAGCUUCUCCAGAGGAUAAGCAUAUUUUGCAUUGCACACAAACUAUCUUGUAAGUGCAAAUCUUUCUUGUAUGAUGUUGCCGUUGCUAUUUGAUUAAAACAAUGUAGCAUUUUGUUUAAAUUAUCUUGGAAUGGACUAUUUCAGUUUAAAAAAAAAACUCAAGAUAUUUUCCUUUAAUGCAAAAGAUACGGACUUUUUAAGAGAGAUCAUUAAACUUUUAAAUAAUGAUUUAAGUAAUUAAUUAAAUUUAAGGGAAAAUUUAUAACAAACAGUAUUUACAAGUUUAUUUAGUAAGAGUAUCGAAACCUCACUUGAAUGAUUUUGAAACCCGAAAAGAUUUUAUUUACAUGUGACAUAUUAUAUCUUUUGUUCACAAAGUAAUUCAUCAUUUCCAUAAUUUUUCAAAAAAUUUUUCAUAGAUAUAUUUGUUGCACCAGCAAGAUGUGUUUUCCUUGAAACCAACUCCCAUUCAUAAAUAGAAUUCCUUAUAAUAACUCAGCGACAAUCAUUUUAAGGAAUUUUUUUGGUUAGCUUUUUGAUGAUGAAACAAAUUUUCUUUUACAGAACUUCUUAAGUAUCUGUAGAAAACAUUUUCCAAAUCACAAUCAUGAUUCAGGUCUCUGCUGUUUGUUAGAUGGUAACUGAGUUGGUGCUAAAAAAGGGCUAAGUCGGAGUCUUUUCUCAUACCUUAACUGAGACACGUGCAAAAUUUCUGAGUAACUCAAAUUUUGUCAAAAUUUUUCAUUUUCUAAAUAAUUAUAAAGUAAUACAAAUAAUAUAAUGUUAACAUGCUUUUCCAAUCCAAUUUUUAAGAACUGUACCGUAAAGAGCAUGCUGACAGCUUCAGUUUUCGAAGUUAGUGUCUUAUCCAAAAGAAGGAAGGGGGAAAAAAAUCUGAAUAUGCACCAGAAUUAUAUUUUUGUCUUGCCUGUUAUGACUAACUUUGUUUUUAUCAGUUAGUUUUUCAACUGGCCACAACUAACCCUGGUAACAACUGUAUAAAUUAACCUUGUUAGAUAGUAUGCCAAUACUUAACCUUUAACUGCUGUGACAAUUUUUUUUUGCAUAAUUACUGUGAGUGGUCUCACAAACUGCUUUAAAGAAACAUGUAAAAAUACAUACUUUUAUGCCUUUUUAAGAAAUGUUAGAUACUUUAUGCAUAUUUAUAGAAUUCUAAUUCAUUUAAAUCAGUAUAUUUUAAACAUAAAUCAUUUGAUUUUACGCAGAUGAAUUCAUAUAAAAUAUACUAUUUUCUUAGUUUUAAGGAAAAGUUUUUAAAGAACAAAGAUUUUAUUAAACAUGCAUGAAAAUAUGUGACUUUAUUAAGUAUUAUUGUCAAUUAAACCAUGAUUCUACAACAGUGAAUUUAAUUAUUAAUAAAUAAUAGAUUAGUAUAUCUUUGUUUACAAGAUGAAUCAUAAGAUGAUAUAAAUUCAAAACACACUUUUUGAGAGUACUGAAAAUACACUGGUUCCUUGCAUUCCAAGCAUUUGUAUGCUGUUUUUCUCUUCUUACAAGGUGGGCACAGACUACAUGUUUUCAUUCUUCUAAUUUUUCUUGAUAAAUCCAUUCUCUUAAUUUCCUUUUGUCCAAGGAUUCUUCUAAUUGUUAUCUUCAGUUCCCUGGGCAAAAACGCAGAAGUUAUCCCAACUUUCAGAUGCAGUUUAAUACAUUGAUUAGCUAAUAAAAGCAUAAAAUGCUUUUCUUUUCAGUUUUGUAGCAUCAGGAUAUGACUGGAACAACAUAUGAACAUAAAUUCCAAGUAUCUUUGCGCUCUGCUCUAGAGCCUAUUUUGCAGGAUGUUUCAUAUCAGGGAGCUGAACUAUUAUGGUAUGUUUUGGUGUUCGUACUGCCUGACUUGGUUCUUUUUUGCUCCAUUUGAAGUGCUUUUUUCCAUAAAAAUUAUCAUUUUGUUCACAGUCAGUAGAAAAAUUGAUAUUCAUCUGCAGAAACUUUUGCUUUCGCUGUGAAUACUACAUGGUUCUUCAGAAUCAGAGUAUUCUACAUCAAAAAAUAUUGUUGACAAGAUAUUCAAUUUCUUUUUGAGUCAGAUAUAUGGAACGUUCUCUUGUAAAAUUUGAAACCAUAUUUAUCACUUUUGCGAAAAACAAGCAUUUGAUAAAUGAUGUCUAUCAUCCACUAAAACUGGUACGCAUCUGCUGUGAGCGGUUUCCCAGACACCUUAAAAAGUAAAAAACGUGAUAACUGAAACCACAAAGCUAGAAGUGUGAAACUGGAUAUGUGACCUUGUGUGACGGGUUUGGGAAGGUAGGAGGAAGGACAGGUACAAUUCUCCGUUUUUAGGGGUGGAAACGAUGGCUAGAAAAUCCUCAGCGGUCUGUCAGACCGCUCACAAUAGUUAAAAGUUAAGAGAAGUAGUGAAGUGGUAUUAAUGUAAAUUAAGAAAGGCAAUUAAAUUUCUUUAUUGAUUUAGAUACACAUGGAGUGUCUUUAAAAGGUUUAUUUUGAAAUUUUUCAUAGGAAUACUUUUUAAUUGUUUAAUAAUUUAAACUCUUAGUAUGUUUACUGCCUUUAGCAAAAAGUUGCCUAUUUAUCAAAUACUGUUCUAAAAUUAUUACAUCAGUUUGUCUUAUAUAAUAGUUCCCUAUUUGUAAUUGUAACAGUUAACAUGUUUUGCUGCUAUGUAUGAUAAUACUUGUAACUGCCAAACUGAGUUUACUUCUCAAAUAUGAGGUAAAGUAUUACUGAUCACCUUACGAAUUUUGCUGUAGCAAAUACAUGUAAUGCUUAAGUGUUUAGCAUACAGGAAGGGGCUAAAUAAUAGACUCGGCGUACUGAAAUAGAUAAUUUAUUUCUCAAAACUUAGAUACAAAAACUAAAUGCUUUUUUUAACACAAAACACACACACCCAAACUUUUUUUUUUGUUCUUGUUUAUUCACUUGGCAAAUGUUAUAAGCAGACUGAUUGAAUUCUUGUUCAGUGAUUCAUACAAGACUAAGGGAAAAUACAUAUUGCAUGUCCAAUUUUGCAUGAAUGCAGAGAAAAGAUGAGUAUUAUUUAGUUUCGAUUUAUCUUGUAGAUGGCAGACGGAGCAAAAAUAUUAUAUGCCAACUAUGAGUAUAUUCGUGUGAAUUUUAUUUACUGCUGAAAUUAAUUUGUUGUAUCUGUAUUUAAAUAAUAAAACUGUGAAAAAUAAUUUAAAAACAUAAAAAUACAAACAGGGUCUUGGUGCAUAUGAAGGGAGCACCAUUAUCAACAGCAAAUGUAUUAAAUAUUUUUAACUACAGCAUUAUAUAUACAAUUGUUAUUUGGAGGAUUUUUCAGAACAAAAUAUUUUUGCGUCAUUAAAUAUUGGUGAUUCUUAAAGAUCUUAAUAAUGGUGAUGGUAUCAUCCUCACUCAUGUACAUGUCUCAUCAACAUUGGCAAUCUAGGAAAUUAAAGGACUGAUUGCUUAGCAAAACAAGCUGUAAAUCUUGAAAUUAACACCACAAUGACAUUGCAUCGUUCUUUGAGAAACAGAGUAAAAAAAUUCUCAAGUGGAAUAAAUUAUUAAGAAAUUCUAUUGCCUCUCUAACUAAAUUAUUUUAUCUUGCUCUUUACAAACUCGAUAAUAAAUACUUUUUCACACAAUUUUGAAAUUACUACAUUUCUAACUAAGCACAGACUUCAAUUCAUAUCUGAAGAGAUUUCAGCUAUCUCAAAUGGACUUAUGUUCCUGUAGCUUUGGGGGAGUACAAAAUGUCAAAAUAUUUUUUUUAGCCAUUCAGAGCUUACAAAAGAAAAAAAAAAUUCUCGGUUAAAUUCUUUAGAUAUUAAAUUUUCUUUACCUCUCCAUAUGUCUGUUCAAGAUAAAAUGGCAUUUUCUUCUUUCUGUACUUUUUCUAACAUUUCAUCUGUGAAUUGGUAACUUUAUUUUAUUUAAUUUUUUUUUACUUGCUUCUGUAAGUUUUGUGUAAUAAUAUGUGGUGCACAAGGAGUUUAAAUAUUAAAAGAAAAAAGAAAUAUUGAGAUACUACUACAUUUUUCAUACAAAAAAGAAAAAAAAUUACAAGUUAAAUUCCUAAAUUGCUUUCUGUACUAUCCAAAAUAUGCUUUAUAAAAUUUCAUUUUAUUUUCCAAUUUGUCAUUUUAUUAGAAUAUUUUAAUAUAAUUUUAAUCUUGUUAGAUAUAUUUAUAUAUAUCUAACAUCUUUAUGUGGAUAAGAAAUUAAAAACUGAAUUAUUGUUUUAAUGUUUUAUACUUUUGAUUCUAUUAUCAUACUUAACAUAUUUUGUCUUUAAACUCACCUUUUCAAUAUACAUAGUUCAUGGAAGAAUUUGAUGUAUCAUGAAAAAAAUCUUGUGAUGAACUGUAAGACUGAUUCAAACUGCUGCAAAAAAAUGCUUAUUUAUCAGAUACUAUACUAAGAUUAGUUUAUGAAUCUAUUUGUUUAGCUAUCAGCUUCAUAUUUAUAUUACAGCAAUUGUAGGUAUUUUAAAAUGUAUUAUGUACUUAUUUGAAAGCUCAGAACAAUAAUUUUGUUCUUAAAUGCAUGCCUCUAUCAGAAUUAAUCGAGGAAUUAGAGGUUGUAUUGGGUGUUAAUGAAGUGAUUGUAUAUUUUAUAAAGUUUGAAAAAAAUCUAAAUUAAAUCUUUGAAGAAAUGUAUGGGGGCCUAGAUUUAAAAUAAAUUUUGUUUAAUGAAAAUUUAACCAAAAUGACUGCUAUAAACUGGUUAAAAUUUUAACAAUUAGAUUGUGUAUAACUUUCAUCUUACCACCCAUUUCAUAGAAUAAUAUACAAAAUAUGUUAUUGUAGAAAGUAUACGCUUAAUUAAAAAAUAUGCUUUAUUAGUAUUCCUUAAGAAUAUUUGAUUAGAUUUGCUUAUAAACAACUUCUGUUCUUAACAAAUAAAACAGAAAACUUAAACAUGACAUUUUAAGAUGACCUUGUUAUAUGAACAGUACACAGUAAUCAAUGCUUUCUUUGUACCUGUUCGUAUAGCUAAAUAUUAUCACAUUUCUUUUCAGAAUUUAUUGCUCGAUUUUCAGGAAAGUUAGAUAUAGAAUGUCAAAAUAUAAAUUUCUAAUAAUAGACUUGCGUGAAAGUAUAAUGAGUAUGUUAAUUUAAUGUGAGGGCUACAUACAUUGACAGCUUACAUGCCUCUUAUAAGAUUUUCCCUCAAAAACAGUAAAGCAAUUACAAUUGGUUUUCUUUAUAGUUUACUAGAUUGCAAGGCAUUUCAAGAUAUUAUAUUUUUUAUACAAUAUAUAAUAAAAACUUAUUGAUUUCAUUAAGUACAUCUUAAAAUGGAAGGGAUAUACAUAAAACCAUUUUUAAACUUUAUUAUUUAUUUUGUGAAAGCUGAUAUAUUUAUUUUGAGUAAAGCAUACUAUAAUGCUUGAAUUACUCCAAUUAUUUUGCCUAGUUUUAAUUUUACAGAUUAUUAAUAUAACUUUAUAGGUAACUUGAUUUAUUUUUAUCAUUGCCUGAAAGUAUUUCCUUAGUUGUGUAUUAUUUUGAAUGUUCUUUUGAUAAUUAUUAAAUUAUGAAUGAUCAAGUAUUUCAAGUUCUUCAGCUUGUUCAUGCUAUUUUUUAUGUUUUUAAGUUUAUAGGUUCUUUUUAUAUCUGAAGAACUUAGGUGAACAGUUUCAUUCUCAACAAUCGAAAUGCUUUAUGGCAUGUCAAUGGAAAAAUUAUAGUGUCAGUUGUAUUGUGAAUGCACAUUUUCAAGUGAAUUUUGCUUCUGAAGGAUAUUUCUGAUUCUUGAAGUACGAAUAGAAUAACUUAUGAUAACUGAAAUUACAACUAAGAAUAGGUAUUAUGUAAAUUCUGUAAAAAUUUAAAUCUAAAUGUAAUAAGGUUCAAUGCUAGGUACUUUAUAUGUGACAUGACAACUUCUGCCCAUCUCAAUCCCAAAUUUAAUCAAGACCACAUUGAACGAGCAGAAUCCAUGGAUUUAUACCCCUCUUUUAAUGAGAAUAUUAUUUUAGGCUUUAAUUUUAAAAAGUUAUUUAACAUGCAAAAACCUCUCAACUCUCUUUUGUUUUUCAAUAUUUGAUUUGUAUUUAGAUAUUUAUUCAUAAUCUACACCAAACUAAGAAUGCUGUUUUGCCUAGUUUAAAAUUUUACAUUAGCAUGUUUGUCUUCUAACUUGAUGUGAAAACAUACUACCAUUCAAUCUAUAUUUUUCUAAUUCAUUUAUUACAUUAGCAUGUUUGUCUUCUAAUUUAACAUGAAAAUAUAACUACCAUUCAAUCUAUAUUUUGCUAAGCCACUUAAAAAAAUGAUGUAGACACCAUGUGACUUCCUUCUAUGCUUAUUAACACACUUUUUUGCCCGCACUUCAUGUAAAAUUAUUUCUUUGCAUUCUAACUUAAUUAACCGAUUUCUCAAAACAAGUUGAAAAUGAUAACAAAACCAUGCCAAACAUGGAUAAUUUUCAUCAUUUUAACAUUUUAAAAGCUUCUAUUACUGGAAGUAUAUAUCUAUGAAAAUAAAGGCCAGGUAAGGGGAGUGAGUGCAUAUAUAUAUAUACCCUUUAUUUUCAUUCUAUAUAUAUACACACAUACACCUUUGGUAGAGUCAAUUGCAAUAAAAACGGGAGGUGAUCAGCUGGGUGUUAUAGCAAUCACAUAUACAAAAUUUUUCACAAUUAUAAUACUUCUUUGACUUCAUACAAGGAAGUUCCCGCCCUCCUCCUCAAAAAAAAAAAAAAAAAAAAAAAAAAAAAAAAAAAAAAAAUGCGUU